AUGUCUCGGAGAUAUGAUAGUCGUACCACAAUCUUCUCACCUGAAGGUCGUCUCUACCAAGUUGAGUAUGCAAUGGAGGCCAUUGGAAACGCCGGUUCUGCAAUCGGAAUCUUAUCAAAAGACGGUGUCGUGUUGAUCGGUGAGAAGAAAGUCACCUCAAAGCUUCUUCAAACCUCAACCUCCACUGAGAAAAUGUACAAGAUCGAUGACCAUGUUGCUUGUGCCGUUGCUGGGAUAAUGUCUGAUGCCAACAUUCUCAUCAACACGGCUAGAGUCCAAGCUCAACGCUACACGUUCAUGUACCAAGAGCCAAUGCCGGUGGAGCAGCUUGUUCAAUCUCUCUGUGACACAAAGCAAGGGUACACACAGUUUGGUGGUCUUCGUCCGUUUGGAGUUUCGUUUCUUUUCGCUGGAUGGGACAAGAACUUUGGGUUUCAGCUGUAUAUGAGUGACCCGAGUGGGAACUAUGGUGGAUGGAAAGCUGCAGCCAUUGGAGCAAACAAUCAGGCGGCUCAGUCUAUUCUCAAACAAGACUAUAAGGAUGAUGGGACCAGGGAAGAGGCGGUCCAGCUUGCGUUGAAGGUUUUGAGCAAGACUAUGGACAGCACGAGCUUGACAUCUGAGAAGCUAGAGCUUUCUGAGGUGUUUCUCACUCCUUCAGGGGCUGUUAAGUACCAUGUUCACUCGCCAGACUCGCUCACCAAGCUGCUGCUCAAGCACGGUGUGACUCAACCCGCUGCUGAAUCAUCCUGA